GGAGCGGCGCGGGGCGGGCGGCGCUCCCCGCCAGCGCAGCGGCAUGAAGGAGCCGUCGCUGCCCGGCACCUCGCUGCAGCGGGCCUGCCGACUCCUCGUCGCCUUCUGUGCCCUCCACCUCUCGGCCACGCUGCUCUACUACUUGGCGGGCAGCGCCCUGGGGCCGGCGGGCAGCCUCGAGCCGCCGCCGCGCCGCCCGCCGCCCGCCAACCUCUCGCUGCCGCUCUCCCGCCCGUCGCCGCCCGCCGCCCGGGCCCGAUCCCAGCCCGCCGAGCCGCCGCCGGGCCCCUGCCCCGAGCCCUCCCCGCUGCUCGUUGGUGCACUACGUGUGGAGUUCUCCCAGCAUGUAAACCUGGAAGAAGUGGCAAGAAUAAACCCACAGGUCAAAGCAGGAGGUCGUUUUGCUCCGAAGGACUGUAUAGCACUUCAGAAAGUAGCAAUAAUCAUACCAUUCAGGAACCGAGAGGAGCACCUGAAGUACUGGCUCUAUUACCUGCACCCAAUUCUCCAAAGGCAGCAGCUAGAUUAUGGAGUAUAUGUUAUCAACCAGGAUGGAGAAGAAGAAUUUAACCGUGCUAAACUGCUGAAUAUUGGAUUUGCAGAGGCCUUGAAGGAGUAUGACUAUGAUUGCUUUGUGUUUAGUGAUGUGGACCUCAUCCCAAUGGAUGACAGGAACACCUACAAAUGUUACAGCCAGCCACGGCACCUCUCUGUAUCCAUGGAUAAAUUUGGAUUUCGGUUGCCUUACAAUCAGUACUUUGGAGGUGUGUCUGCCCUGAGCAAAGAGCAGUUCACAAAGAUCAAUGGGUUCCCAAACAAUUACUGGGGCUGGGGUGGUGAAGAUGAUGACAUUUAUAACAGGCUGGUGUUUAAAGGCAUGGGGAUAUCCCGUCCGGAUGCGGUCAUUGGGAAGUGCAGAAUGAUCCGGCAUUCCCGGGACAGGAAGAACGAGCCCAACCCCGAGAGGUUUGACCGAAUUGCUCACACACGGGAAACAAUGAAUUCUGAUGGCUUAAAUUCACUAUCCUACAAGGUUUUAAGAACUGACAAGUACCCUCUGUAUACAAAGAUCACAGUGGAUAUUGGCUCUCCCAAUAGCUAACAUCAGAGACACCACAGAGACUUGCCUAUAUUGCCCAGGAUAUCUGGCCUCACUGAUGCAUUAUAUGUGCUGGUUUUAUAAAAGUUGCAGUGAACCAAAAAAAAAAAAAAAAAAAACCAACAAAACAAAGGCCUCUUUUGGCAUGCCAAAGUGUCUCCAAAUUGGUUGGACAAGUGCUUUUUAAAUUUUAUUUUUUUUUUAAUUCAAACUUGACUUCACACAACUUUCUAGCUCUCCGUUGUUUUCUAAGUCCAGAAGCUGUACAUACGAGUUGUAAAUAGUUGCUUUGCCAGAAAAUGUUGAAUCUGAUCUAUUUGCUGCAGUACUCCCCAUGUUGAAUUAAUUGCUGGACUCAAAUUUUUCUGAUUAUGACUGUGCUACAUUAACAGUUACUGCCCAUGAUAUUUGGUAUUUUGAAUGAGGUGUGUGCAGGCAUUCUUUUUCAUUCAUUCCUGGUUUUACUUUAUGAAGGACUGUAAAAUGCUGCUAAAAUUGUCCAAGUUUACGCUUUGCAUUAGAUUUAUUUUUUUUUAAUGGAGACAGCAAAAUACAACUUUUUUUCUCAGAGUGACCAAAACAAACACCUCCUCUAUGUGCAGAGCAGGUGUUGAACAAUCAAGUCUGGAUUCAAUGAAUGUCAUCACUUCUUUUAAUCUCAAAGGAGGCUUUGAGUGAGUUGAGACAGUUUGCCAGAAUUUGUGGUUAAGCUCCUUGCAUAGGGUGGGAAGCUAUAGAGAUGACCUCUCUAAAACCGCUGGCUUCAGAUAACCUUACUUCUGGAUAUGAUAGAGAUUAUUUGCUUCAGCACAACACGACCUGGGAAUUUUUUUGGGGGGGUGGACGAGUUCAGCGAGGGGUUUGUGGUGUUGAUUUGUCUUUUGUUUUUUUUUUUUUCCCCAUGAAAUAAAGAUUAAUUUAAUUGCACAAAUAAAUUAUGGCCUUAACAUUUGCUAACACUUGUUAGCAGUGGUAGGAAGUUACCACGCUAUUUAAGCAUUGUCUGAAGCUUCCUAAAACCAAAAUUUUCUCUUGCAAGGUUGUGCAUAAAACUUGAAAUCUUUUAUUACUUUUGUUGUUGUUGUAACAUUUUAAUAACUUUUAAAAGUAAUUUGUGUAUCAUAAGCAGUAUAUUUAAUACCAGAUUAAAGUAGGGUGCAGCGUAAUAGGAUGUGAUUCAAAGCCUCCUUUAUCUUUAGACUAGUAGGCUUUUUAUGUGCGUCAUUAUAUAUAAGCCAUGUAUUUUGUUUGCUCUGUGUAUUUGUCUAUUAAAUCUCCUGCGGUGCUGAGAUUUUCACAGCAGGGCUGACAUCCAAAUGAUUUUUCUUUGCCUAAAGCCUGUUUGCAAUGUGUGUCCUCUACCUGGAACCUGCCUUCUGAUGGUCUCAGGCUUGAGGGGCAUGCACAUUCUGCAGUACUAUUUUCUGUCAGUGCACCAGGGCACCACCUGUACUGACCCUGCUUUCCCCCCCCUGCUUCGCCAGAACUCAGAACUGAAUUCCUUCUGGUGAGUCCUUUGCCACCAGCUCUGACCACAGCAAUUUGCACUUCCUUGGCCUGUGCUGAAGGCUGUUAAAAUCAGGGACACUUCUUGUUGUAUUGGGGAUCAACUUCAGCACUGCCGUUUUUGGUUUUUUUUUUUUUCCCCUUUGUUUCCCCUUGGUUUAGUUUGUUUUUUUGUUACAUUUUUUGAGACCUGAAGGUUUUGCUGAACCCUUGCACUGCAGGGGUGGGAUCCUGCAGGGAUCAGGGAACAGUGCAUUUCUUCUUAGGCCAGCAGUGGCUCACAGGAUGCAUAGGGACUUUAAUUACUAGAUGCCUUUUCAGUCUCAUGUUGGAGAACUCUUCAUUUCCUUUGGUUCAACGCUCUAUCUGGCUAGACUUGCUGCUCCAGUCAUGGUGGGGGGUGUGGAAAGGUGGCCUUGCAUGGAGCAGGAGCAAAGUGCAAGGAAGGAGGCUUGUGGUUAAGAGCUUAUUCCUUGUGCUUAUUGAAUAUUAAAAAAAAAACUAAACAAUACAGUAGUCUUUAUGGCAGAUCAGGCUCCAGAUCAUAAAGAUGCAAGGGAGUACAAGAUGUGUUUUACAGAAAUCAGGUGAAAAGUCUUCCUGUAAAACUUUGGCAUGGGUGUAGUCUGUAGCAGUAAUAGAGUCACAGGAGAAGAUUGUUUUUAAAUUUUUUUUCAAAGCUACCUUAAAAAGGAGGGCUCCACUUCCAUAGGUAGCAGCAAAUAACCAAAAAUUUAUCAAGGCUGAGCUUGAAAACGCCAUGUCUUUGCAGAGAGCACCUCAAUUUUCUGCUGACCCUUUUGUAAGUCGAAAAGUUGGGACUUCAGCUGUAAUGUCUAUCUGCUAUCAGGUGUGUGGGGGAGAUGCUGGCAGCAUUCCUUGCAGUGAGAUUCUUUGAUGGUUAGAAAAAAGUUAGUGCAACAAUGCAUUGUUUGGCUGUAUGCUGAAAUUAUUCAAUGUCAUGGAGGUGGGAUGAACGCUUGUUUCUGGCUGCUGUGAUCAAAGGUUUCUACAACAUGUGCCUUGAAAGAGAGAAGAAAUGGAAACUGGAAAAUCAGGAAACCUGAAAACCCUUUUCAGCAGGGAGAUUCUAGCAGUGCAAGAAGCUGCUGCGUAGUUUCUCUUCCACUGCUGAAACAACAAGCCGUGUAAAGAACUGAAGCCACUUUUUGUAGCUCGUGUUGCCCUUUGGUGCUGACCUGUGAUUUCUAGAUCUCAUUGUCUCUGUGUAAACUGUGUAUCAGUCAAACUCAUUAAAUGCUCUUGACUCGA